AUGAAUCUGUUCAUCCGACUCCUUUCUGAUCCUGUUGUGGUUUUCCUGCUUGGGGUCCUGGCAUUUUGGGUGUUGAGACACUUUUCAACCCAAUCUGGAAGGUCAAUUUUUAAACUCCCACCUGGGCCCCAGCCUCUCCCCCUCAUCGGAAAUCUGCAUUUGCUGGAUUGGAGGAGGCAGGACAAGUCUCUGAUGAAGAUUUCAGAAAAGUAUGGCCCAGUGUUCACUGUCCAGUUUGGACUAAAGAAGAUGGUAGUGCUUACUGGCUAUGAGGCUGUGAAGGAAGCAUUGGUAAACUUUGCCGAUGAGUUUGCAGACCGACCACCAAUUCCAAUAUUCUACCAGAUCCAGCAUGGACACGGUAUCUUUUUCUCUUCGGGGGAGUUAUGGAAAACCACACGAAAAUUUACUAUUUCCAGCAUGCAUAAACUUGGCAUGGGCAAACAUUCAAUGGAGGAGAAGAUUAUUGAGGAGUUUCACUGCCUGGUAGAAUUGCUGGAAUCAUUCAAAGGGGAACCUUUCAGGUUAAAAUUGUUCAACAAGGCUCCAACCAACGUCACCUUCACGCUGCUGUUUGGAGAGCGGUUCGAUUAUCAGGAUCCAACUUUUGUCACUUUGCUCAGGCUAAUAGAUGAAAUUAUGGUUCUCCUUGGGUCUCCUAUCUUACAACUAUUUAAUUUCUACCCCUUCCUGGGAUUCCUGCUCAAAUCACCUAAGAUGAUACUGGUUAAAAUUGAAGAGGUUCGAGUCAUCUUAAGGCAUUACAUGAAGAUGAGUAGGCAACAGACAGACCGGGGCAAUGUGCAGAGCUACAUCGAUGCACUCAUCCAAAAGCAAGAAGCGAUGAACAAGGAGACUCUAUUUCACGAUGCAAAUAUAGUGGCCUCCGUCCUCGAUCUGGUGAUGGCCGGGACAGAGACAACAUCCACCACCUUGCAGUGGGCUAUCCUGCUCAUGAUGAAAUAUCCCAAGAUUCAGGCAAAAGUUCAGGAGGAGAUUGGCCAAGUUCUCUCAUCGGGCCGCCUGCCCAGGUAUGAAGAUCAUAAAGACCUUCCAUUCACCAACGCUGUGAUCCACGAAAUCCAGAGAUUUGUCACCCUCCUUCCCCACGUCCCGCACUGCCUAUCUGUCGAUAUCCAUUUCCGAGAUUUCUUCCUUCCCAAGGGCACUCCAGUCAUCCCUCUGCUCACCUCCGUGCUGCUCGACAAGUCCCAGUGGGAGACACCAAAUGUGUUUAACCCAAACCACUUUCUGGAUGCUGAAGGGAACUUUGUUAAGAAGGAGGCUUUUUUGCCCUUCUCCACAGGACGCCGGGUUUGUGUUGGGGAGAGUUUGGCCAAGAUGGAGCUGUUCCUUUUCUUCACCAGUCUUCUGCAGAGGUUCACCUUCCAGCCUCCACCCGGCACCAGGCACUCUGACUUGGACAUCACCCCGGAAGCUACUUUCACGAUGAGGCCUCAGCCUCAGUUAGCACACGCUGUCCCGCGGGCCUGA